UUCAAUCAUUUCACAAUUUGAGCAAGCUUCGAAUCUCCUCCUCAUCACGAAUAGCGAUUUUCGUCUCAAUUUGGCAAAGUUCUAGAAUGUCAAUUAGAGACUAUUUCAAUCUCGUUCAGAAUUUAUUUCUGAUUGUGCUCGUCAUUUGCCCUUCAUGGAUUUUGUGCAAAGGAAAGAAAAAACCAUCCAAUGCAUCGCCAUCCAAGAAGAUGUCGUCUGCAGAGCCAGCCAAAUCGGCAAUCAAGCCUCCAAUAACUGAUCCAACACCAAGCGCGUUGGCCAAGGUUGGCUCAGAUGAGAAAAAAGAAGAGCCAAAGGAUGAUAAGGGAGACACGAAGAGCCCGGCUCCAGAUGGUGAUGCCGCUGCUGCAAAACCGGUCGACCAAUCGCAGAAGCCAUUCCCCAAAUUCGAGAUGCCAACGGAGAGUAAGAAGAAGAAAAAGAUGGCUGAAAAUGAGGUUGACAAGAAGGAGAAAAUGAAGAAUGGGUUCUAUCAGGAAAAGUCGGAUGAAGAUGACACACUUGAAAAAGUGGAUAGUUUGAAGGUUGAGCAAUCCGAUAAGACCAAGAGAUCAAAGAAGAAUAAGAAAUAGGCUGUAUGAAGGGCACUGAAUGAAAGGCGAUUUAUGAAUGAAUUGAUUUU